AUGGAAGAAAAGAGCGAAACUACUCCACCAUUAGAACAUUCAAUAUCUGCUACUUAUCGUCUUGGUAAAAAAUUCAAAUCUCAAUCGAAAUCAAUUAAAAUUGAAGAAAAUCCACAAUACAUCGAUACUCUUCGAUCGUCUAUUGAUAGUCAAUAUAGUAAUUCAAAUGAUAUCGAUCAAUCAUUUAUAGAUCAACGUUCAGAAUCACUUCUUCAGUCUGUUGAUGAUUUACCGACCGAUGAGCCUAUUAUUUCGACAGAAGCACCUCCGCAACCAUUGCUUCCAGAACUAACACAAGGAUCAGGUCUUCCAAAACACUCCAUGUGUACACCAGUGUUUCAACUGAAUAUAAAAUCAACAUCAUUACCAAUAUGA